AUGUGGUUUAAAUCGUGCGCCCUGGCACUUUAUGUGCUGUUCCGGGUGUUGUGUUCUGUGGAUGGUGGAUUUGAGAAUCAGGCUAAAAUACUCGCGACCAAUGGGCACAUUAUCAUUGAAUCGGCACAAGACCGUAACAUUACCUUUUACAUGAAGGGCAGUGGCCAUUUAAACAUCGGCGGUCUUAGCGUGGAGCAGGUGCUGCGGACACUAUCGAAAAUGAUGAUCGACGGUCGAACGUCCACCGACGGUCAAGCUUUUCUGCCCGGAGGCAGUGUAGCCGAUCAGGUUCAACUGCUGGUCACAUAUGUCAGCGGUCCGUUUGGGUUGAUUAAACGGGUUGAAACACUCGAGCAGGAAUCCUCAACACGCAACACCACACAGAUGAAUCCACGCAUCUCGGUCCUGGCACGCCGCGUAAGAAGCGUCGAAACCAAGCUCGCUCUCCUGAUGACAACGCUACAAACUAAUCGGUGCGCCAGUGGACCGUGCCAGAACGGUGGUACGUGUAUCGCUCAGUACGAUUCGUUUAUGUGUCUCUGUCCGAGCAACUGGGAGGGACAAACCUGCACUACGGAUGUAAAUGAAUGUGCACUGUUUGCUGGUACCGAUCUUGGCUGUCAGAAUGGAGCCACCUGCAAAAACGUACACGGUGGGUACAACUGCAUGUGUACCGAUGGAUGGCGUGGAAUACACUGUAAUACACGCUCGCAAGACUGUGCCACGGCUGGCGCGGAUCUGUGCGGACACGGAACAUGCGUGCAGGCAAAGGAUGGGUAUCGAUGUAUCUGCGAUCAGGGCUGGAAGACCAACGGGUUGACACUGGCUUGUUCGCAGGAUGUGGAUGAGUGCAGUGAAUCGAAACCACACUGUUCGAAGGAUCCGGAAGUGAGCUGUAUCAAUCUGCCGGGAUCGUUUGUGUGUGGCCCUUGCCCAGCCGGUUACACCGGGAAUGGAUUCUACUGCGUCGACAUUGAUGAGUGUGAGACGAAUAAUGGGGGCUGCAGUACAUCUCCAUCAGUGCCCUGCAUUAAUACUAGAGGAUCUUAUCGCUGUGGAAGCUGCCCAGCUGGAUAUACUGGAGAUGGUCGAACUUGUUUGGCGCAAGGCAACCGAUGUGUACCAGGACUUUGCCAUCCGAUGGCAAGAUGCGUUGAUUAUGGAAGUGCCGUUCCAAACUGCAUUUGUCUUCCGGGAUAUACAGGAUCUGGAUUUGGACCGAACGGGUGCUACCGUUCAUCGAUGAACCCAUGCGCCAGUGCGCCUUGUAGGAAUGGCGGCACCUGUGUGAAGAUCGAUGCACAAAACUACAGUUGCACCUGCCCACCGGAUACGAAUCCACCCAACUGCAUCCGAACAACUUCACCCUGUGAUUCAAAUCCCUGCCAGAAUGGUGCAACGUGCGUUGCUGCCUGGGGUGGUUCUGGAAGGUUUGGCUGCCGUUGCCCGCCAGGCUAUACCGGACUGCGCUGCCAAACGUCAACACGCACUUGUGGUGGAAUUCGGUUCCAAAUUAAUGGUACGCUACGAUAUCCGGAGUUUAACGGUACUUACAACCACAAUGCACGCUGUGCUUGGUUGAUCAAAACGAACGACACGCAGGUGCUGGACAUAACGUUUACAAAGUUCGAUUUAGAGACUCCGGUCAGCUCGGGCGAAUGCAAGUACGACUGGUUACAGAUACAUGACGGUCGUACAUCGGCGGCCCAGAUUAUUGGACGCUUCUGCGGAAACGAACUCCCUCGUGGUGGUAAUUUCCAAUCCACACACAACAUGCUCUACCUCUGGUUCCGAUCGGACAACUCCACCGCACACGAUGGUUUCGAGUUGCAGUGGAAGAGUGUUGCUCCCGUGUGUGGUGGUACGAUACCGGUUACCAGCCAUGGUAUCAUAACGUCCCCAGGUACACCCGGUAACUAUCCACCGAACAGAGACUGUAAAUGGUUCCUGCAAGCACCACAAGGUCGCCGAAUCCAGUUCACCUUCUUCACGAUGAUGAUCGAGGUGCACGAAAACUGUAACUACGACUUUGUGCAGAUCUCUGACGGUGUGUCGGACGAGGGUACGGUACUGGCCAAGUACUGCAACACGACCCAUCCACCACCAUUGAUUACGCCCAGCCAUGAAGCGACCGUUUACUUCCACAGUGACGAGAGUGGUAACGAUGCCGGGUUCCAGAUCAGCUAUGCCGUCGUGGAAGGUGUCCCAGGCUGUGGUGGAACAUACACACAGCGCGAGGGUGUAAUUAGCUCGCCCCUAUCACAAACCGAUAACGUUUAUCCGAACAAUCUUAACUGUGAGUACCUGAUCAAGCUUCCGAUCGGCAGCCGGGUCGAGAUCAAGUUUAGCAAAUUUCAUCUGGAGCAAAGUGAAGCCUGUAAAUUUGACUAUUUGGAAAUUUUCGACGGUAGCAGUACGGAGGAUGCCUCCCUUGGCAAAUUUUGUGGCGAUCGGAUGCCACCGUCAUUCACCUCGACCGGGAACUCGCUGCUGCUUAAGUUCCACACCGAUUGGUCGGCACCGAAUCCUGGAUUUAGCCUUGUGUACAAGAUCAAGUGUGGCGGUACGUUUACCGAUCCGAGUGUAGAAAUUGUGUCGCCCUCGUACCCUCAGAUGUAUUUAGCGGAUCAGCUAUGCGAUUACAUCAUCCACGCACCGCUUGGCAAGGCGAUCUCGUUCGAUUUCCAGGACUUUGAUAUUGAGAAGAACAGCUUCCCGAAGUGUGAGCUUGAUUACGUUGAGCUGUACGAUGGGCUGUUGCCAACGAACGAAACACUGCUCGGACGGUACUGCAGCACGAAGCCACCACCGACGACUUUAUCGACGAAAAACGUGCUUCUUUUACGUUUCGUGUCCGAUGGUUCGGUGGCCGGGCGUGGUUUUAAGGGUAAUUUCUCAUUCUUCGACGUUAGCUGUGGUGGUGUGUUGAUGCGCGAGGACACCAUUAUACGAUCGCCAACGAUUGCGGAAACUGGAAAAUAUCAGCACGAUGCACAGUGCGAAUGGAUCAUCGUUGCGCCGGAAGGUCACGCCAUACAGCUGACGUGGAAUAGCUUCGAGCUGGAGCUGAGCGGACGGUGCGCAUACGAUUACGUGCAGGUGUUUGACAAUUCGUCGCUCGCGAACAGCCUGGUAGGGCGUUACUGUGGGUCGGAAAAACCACCAGCGAUCACCAGCACGGGUAACAUGGUUACGAUACGAUUUGUAACGGAUUCGUCCUCCUCUAGGGAUGGAUUCAGUUUGGUGUUUAACUUUAUCGAUGUGGAGAAAUCUUGCGGUGGAAAAUACUUUGCAACGAGCGGCAUUAUUCGAUCACCCGGAUGGCCCAAGAAUUAUCCCUCCAACCACGACUGCGAGUGGGUCAUCACGGUACCGAUGGGACAGCAAAUUAAGCUCCUCGUACACACGUUCCGUAUGGAAAAACACAAGACCUGUCGCUUCGAUGGACUCACCAUACGAAACGGUGGUACGCAACACUCACCCCUCAUCGGAGUCUUUUGCGGAGAGGACGAUUUUAAUGGCACAAUCUCAUUUAGCCACCAGCUGUAUCUUCGCUUCUACUCGGACAGUUCACGCAACUAUGCAGGCUUCAUGAUCGAAUGGGAUUCAGCCACGACGGGAUGCGGAGGUGUACUUACCUCGCCGCGUGGUUCCAUCAUUUCGCCCAACUAUCCGCUUGACUAUGGACGGAAUGCACUCUGUAUAUGGCGCAUCUCGAUGAGCGAAGGAUCCGCCAUACACAUCGUGUUGACCGAUAUAGAUAUGGAGAAUCACAAGGAGUGUCAGUACGACUAUCUAGACAUUUACGAUGGUGCUGAUAUGGGCGGCAGAAAGAUGGGUCGCUUCUGUAGCACUGAGACGGAUCUUAUCGUAUUGGACACCGAGUCGAACCACGCGCUCAUACGCAUGCGUACGGAUGAAACAAAUCAGGGCCGUGGAUUCCAGCUCAAGUACAACAUUAUCUGCCGGCGGAACAUUACCGGGUUUGGUGGGAUUAUCGAAUCACCGAACUUCCCGAACGAGUACGCCGCAUCGAUGGACUGUCGGUGGACGAUCAAGGUGCCACCGGGCAACAAGAUCAAUCUGGAGUUCUCUCACUUUGACUUCGAGACGAUCAACCAGCAGGGACUGGACAAUGCCACCCAUCAGCGCUGUCCGUUCGAUUUCGUCGAGGUGCAGGAAAUGGGUUCGGGAGAUUUGCCCGUGGUACGUCGGUACUGUGCCAACAAACCGGCCCCAUUCGUCAGUAUGGGUCGGUCGGUUGAUUUAGUUUUCCACACGGAUGCUAGCGGCGAACAGAUGGGCUUCCGGGCCGAGUGGUCUAUCAAUGGGUGUGGUGGACUGUUGACGAAACCGUACGGAAGGUUCAGCUCACCGAACUACCCGAACCAGUACCCGAAGGAGACGGAGUGUCACUGGACGAUCCGGGCCGAGCCGGGCAAGCGGAUCGAUCUGGCGGUGGAGGACUUUCACAUGGAAACGAACGAUCAGUGUCGGUUUGAUGGUUUGCACAUUGCGAAUGAUGCCAACUUUACGCACCAGGUGGCGAAGAUUUGUCACGAGCAGCAGGAACCGGUACAUUUACUCAGUAGCGGUACUGAUCUGUAUGUUAAGUUCUACAGUGAUUCCACCUUCACGUACAAGGGUUUCCAGGCAGUGUACAAGACGGUCGAAUCACAAUGUGGUGGCAAGAUAACGCUACAUCAAGGUUUUAUCAGUUCGCCCAACUAUCCGUUGAACUAUCCAGCAAACGCGUCCUGCUCCUGGUUGAUCAAAACGGACGCUACACACACACUGCAGCUCAACUUAAAGUCGCUAGCGAUCGAACGCUCGGACAACUGUACGAAUGAUUCGCUGCAGGUCUAUGAUGGCUCUGCAGCCGAUGUGGAUCGCUUGCUGUUGACGGCAUGUGGCAGCGAGUCCAAUGUAAGCUCUGUAUCAUCCACUGGCCAUGAGAUGCUGGUCACAUUCCAAUCCAACAUCAUUAUCGAGGCGAAAGGAUUCCAGGCAGAGUUUAAGACGUCUUGUGGCUCUCGGAUCGAAGUUAAGCGGCCUGGUAACAUUCUACUAAACAAAGCACACAAGAUGUCCUCCGAAAACUGUACCUGGAUAUUGAUAGCACCGGAACCAACACAGCGCAUCACGAUUACGAUCGCCCAUAUGAGCGUAGUGGAUGUUGAGGGUGAUUGCUUUGCCAGUUUGACAGUGUACGAUGGGGACGGAACGGAUGGACCGACACGAUUCGAAGGCUGCGGACAUAAGAUCCCGCCGGCGAUCGUAAGCCGUGGCAAUGCGCUGACGGUACUGAUCAGCUCGGAAGAUGUGCUGCUGAGCAAGAUCGAUAAUCUGUACGUGGAGAUCACGUACACCACUCUCGAUAAUGCGUGCGGAGGAAGCUUAACUGCUUUGAUGGGUGAGUUUAGCUCACCGAACUAUCCCGACUCGUACCCGCUAAACGUGGAGUGCGUGUGGAAGCUGUCCGCUUCACCAGGCAACAAGAUGACACUAUUCUUCAAGGAGCUGGACAUUGAUUCGACGGAAGAUUGCAACGGUGACUAUCUGGAGGUUCGAGAGCAAGAUGAAAAUGGUCCGUUGUUGGGUGAUUUUUGCGGUAAUCAAAUUCCUUCGAAUCUUACCGAAGCAAGCAGCUUCUGGAUAAAGUUCCGUUCGAAUGAAGUCGGUGUAGGGAAAGGAUUCUUGGCGGAGUACUCUUACGACACGCUGAGCGAGGUCACCGGAACGAGCGGUACGAUAACAUCGCCAAUGUAUCCAAGAAGUUACGCCAGGGCAGAUAAUAUAGGGUGGCGCAUUACCGUCGACAUAGGAUCGGUGAUUGCGAUCAACUUCAACCGUUUUGCCAUUGAUCGUCACACGGACAAUCCGGACAUGUGCGAUGGUACGCUGGUGAUAUUUGAUGGUUACGACGAAACGGCCGCUCCUUUGCUAAGAGGUUGCGGAUAUCUUAAGCCCGAUCCACUAACAUCGACCUCGAACGUCGUGUACAUCGAGCUCGAUCAUUCCGACAUCAUGGAAUCGUCCCUGUUUGCGCUAAACUGGCAGCAAAAAUUCGUCAGCAAUGCGCCAAUUUACCCGGUGGACAAUGAAAACUACUGCAACGGGCAUGCAACGAUCGUGCUGAACAGUACCGACACCACAUUCAAUCUCAGCUCUCCGGGCUAUCCGACCGGGUACCAGAACGGUCUCAACUGUAGCUGGAUCUUCCAGUCCGCAUUGCCCGCCUACCAUCCAUUUUUAAGCUUCGGAUACAUAGAUCUGGAAGAAUCGAGUGACUGUCUGGCUGAUUACGUGGAGGUGUUUAGCUCAUCCGAUCUAGCCACGUGGAAGUCGUUCGGACGUGUCUGCAGUUUCGCGAUCCAUGGAACGUACAAAUUCCACGGGACACCCCAUCUGAAGCUGGAAUUCCGAACGGAUUACUACCAGAACCGGACCGGAUUUACCGGAACGGUAUUUCUACGGUGCGGUGGUCUGCUGACCGAUCCGAAUGGAGUGAUCACGCAGCCUGACGCAAUGCCGACGGUUCAGCCUGGCAUGCCGAUUAAUCGGCUCGAGUCGUUCGAGUCGUGCAAUUGGAACAUUAGUGUACGGGCCGGGCGAACAAUUGAAUUUACCUUCGAAAAGCUUAACAUUUCCGUCCAGCCAGCAAGCCCACUGGUACGUAACGGUUAUGUCGCUAUCAUGAAUGGAAUCGACGAGCUUUCGCCACUGCUCGGACGGUACAGUGGAACGGACAUUCCGAGCACGAUUAAAACCAGCAGCAACCGUGCAUUCGUACAGUAUCGGCCAAGCAUCAGUGGACCGAACCAGUUCCGGUUGGUGUACCGUGAGGUAGGCAUUGAAUGUGGCGGUAAUGUGGUGCUGAAUGCACAGCUCAACUCCACCGAUAUCAUGACCCCGAACUAUCCGGAAGUACCGCCAGCCCACACCGAAUGUAUAUGGCAGGUGUUGGCACCGGCCGGUGAGCUACUGCGGGUACAACUGAUCGGAUCAUCCUUGCUACCCCGUAUGCCACAGUGCAAAAUGGAGUACGUCCAGCUGCGUGAGGGUCUCACGUCCAAUGCACCGGAGCUGCUACACUCCUGCUUUGGCGAUCUGUCCAAGCGCAUUAUGACCGGCACGAAUGCACUCUCGGUAAAGUACUUUAAUGAUCGUACCGAUCCGAACGGAGGUAUUAAGCUGCGCGUUACGUUAGCUAAGUGUGGUCAAACCGUGCGAGGUCCACGAGGUUCCAUAACGUCCAAAAAUUAUCCCCAAAUUGGAGGCUAUCCGGCACCGGCUGUCUGUGAGUACUACAUCCAGGAGGGUAUGUACGGUACGCUGAACCUUUCGUUUGAGGAUUUACAUCUUCCGACCAAAGCGAAUUGCAGCAGUGAAGAUCAUGUGCGCAUCUUUUCGAUACUGCCCGGGAUCAACAAGACGGAGAUCGAGCUGGGCAAGUUCUGUGGCACCCAGGUACCGACGCAACCGAUCGUAAGUGUGGUACCGCACGUGAAGAUCGUCUUUACUGCCACCACCAUGAACACGAUCUAUCGUGGAUUUAAGCUUAACUACGCGCUCAACUACAGCCGCUGCAGCCAUUCGCUGGUGUCGGAUUCGGGAGAAAUUAGCAGCCCUGGCUACGGGGAGGAAUUGCAAACGUUCUCGUUCUGCGAGUGGCGCAUCACCGUACCGGCCGGGCGACGAGUCAAGGUAGAGUUCCUAGAUUUGGACAUACAGGAGAAUGGCGCACCGUACCUCUGGUUGCAACGUCUGUCAUUGUUCGACGGUGGAAGCUAUCAGGCACGCAUCAAGCUGAUCACAUCGGAUGACAAAUCCGUCCCGAUCUAUGCUAGCGAUAACCGUAUGCUAAUACAGUACCUGUCGCGAAUGCAAACCGGUAAGCGUGGAUUCCGCCUACGCUAUUCCAGUGACGAACCAUCGGUUUGUGACGGUAAUCUAGAUGGAUGGCAGGGUAGCAUUAUGACACCGGUCAACGUCACCACGAUCGUGUGCACGUACAAGCGCACCCAGCACACCCUGUCCCAGCAUCCAAGCACACAGCCGAACGUUGGCACGCUUGCGAUGAAUUUCCGCGAGCUGUAUGCCGGUUCCUUUGAACGCAAUUGUGUGGAUGUUUUGCGUGGAGCAGGCGUAAUGGGUGGUUCGAAUAUGUUGAAGAAAUUGUGCCUAAAUGCGACGAAUGAGAUGGUGCUAUCGCCAUUCCACAACACCAUGAUCAAUGUAUUGCAAUCAUUGCCGUACACUGGAAUGAUUGGAUUCAAGAUGGAUUACCGAGUGCACCAGUGUGGAGGUGUGUAUGGGGACAUUAGCAACAUAACCCGCCCAUUAGGUCUAGAUCUGGUCGAUGUUGAUGGCAUACAUUGUGCGUGGUAUGUGGCCUACCCGGACCAGACACUGAUCAGCAUCGCGUUCGACCGAUUCCAAAUGCAGCUGCCCUGCGAACAAGAGUAUUUGCUCGUGUACAAUGGUCCCGGUCCAAUGAGUCCUUUGCUGGGGCGGUUCUGCAAGGACUCACCACCACCGGCCGAAUCUAUCGCCACCCAGAAGCAUCUACUGUUCGUCGAAUACCAUAGCGCACGAGCUAAUGCAUCGGACAAGGUUGGUGACUUUGAGCUGCGCUUGAGUAGCAAGAAUUUUGGCUGCGGUGGUACACUGCAUCCGAUUACGUCCACCUUCGGGUCACCGCUCAAGGAUGGGAAGUAUUCUCCGAUGCAGGAGUGUGUGUGGUUGCUGAAGGCGAAUGCUGGCCAGCACAUUGGAGUUCGAUUCAUUAAUCGCUUCAAUCUGGAGAAGAGUCCUAACUGCACGAAGGACUACGUGGAGCUGUUCGAUCAGCAGCGGAACCAGGAGUGGGUAAGUUUGGGACGCGUCUGUGGUAAGGAUGUGCCGCCGCCCUUUAACUCAUCCGGAACCAUGAUGAAGGUUGUGUUCCGGACGGAUGACACCGGUGAAGCGGAUGGGUUUACCAUUAGAUGGGAUUCUAACUGUGGUGGAAUAUUCUACGCGGAACAGGAAACGAAUGUCAUCGUCAGCCCGAACUAUCCGGCCAAGUACAACAACAUGCAGAAGUGCAACUACACUAUCCUGGCGAACAGUUCUGACGGUGGUAUCGUGUUUAACUUCCUAGACUUCGAUCUCGAGGAUUCACUCCUAACAUCACUGUGUACGUACGACAACCUGACCAUUUACCGGAAGCUCGAAUUUGCCGAACCCGUGACCUGGGAAAAGGUUGGCACUUACUGUCGCAAAACACCUCCAGCACGGUUCCGCGUGAAGGAUCGUGCCGCAAUCGUCUUCCAAACCGAUCGUUUCAUACAGGCUCGUGGCUUCCGCUUUGAGUAUAGGCUGGACACGUGUGGAACCAACAUUACUAGCUCGAUGCGCAUCCAGAGUCCCGAACAGCUACCGCCUGAUGGUACGUACCGGCCGGCGCUAUCCUGCCGCUGGUACAUUGACAUUCCACCGGGACAGAAAGUGACGGUACGAUUCGAAACGCUCGAAAUCGAACACACGGAAUCGUGCUACUUCGAUACGAUCGAGGUGUUCCGUGGACUGGAAGCAAACCAUGACCAUCGGUUGGCAUUGCUUUGCGGUAAUCUGACCGGGCACGCCCCAGCCAUCGCAAUCAGUGGCAGCCGGUACGGUAUGAUAUCGUUCAAGACGGAAUCAUUCUCAACGACCCUGGGGAAAAUGUCCGCCCUGGUACUGUACACGCCGGACUGUGACAAACAGAUCACCCUUGACGAUCGUUCACCCAGCUACCGGCUGAACGUGAUUGGCAGUGGAAACAACCACGUCCAAGACUGUCAGUACGUCUUCCAGGCACCGAACGGCUACACGUUGCAGGUAGUGUUUGAUCAAUUCCACGUGGGAUCUUCGCGCAAUGCAUCUUUGGCAAACUGUACGGAUGACUUUGUAGAGUUGCGGGACGGUGGAAGCAUAUUUUCGGCCCUUAUUGGACGCUUCUGUGGUAAUAAUGCUGUCAGUCCUCAGACUAGCUUUGGGUCAACGUUGCACUUACGGUAUGCGACGGAUUCCGCACUGCGAGGUACACUCUUUGAUGCAACCGUCCGUAUGGUUCCUUCCCUGUGUGGACCGAUGCAUCACAAUCUCACGGGUGGUGCGAUAAUUACGCUAAACACACCGAACUUUGGAGGAAACAACAAGUAUCCACCGAACACGAAAUGUUUGUGGUUGUUGGAGGCUUCGGCCGGGAAGCAGGUCGAGAUACAGUUCUUAAAUUUGGACCUGCAACAGUUCGAUGAGAACAGCUGGGAGUGUAAGGACUAUAUUGGCAUCCGGGAUGCUUCGCUCAAAUCGGUCAUCUAUGAAGGACUUGGCAAUUCCCUUAUCUUUAACGGCAGAGGAGCUAGUAAGGCCAGUUUCUAUCAUGGCACCCGGUACGCGAACGCUUACCACGUCUACUGCGGCAACAACUAUCUGCCCAGCACCUACAUAUCAAUCGUCAACCGGGUCUACAUUAGCUUCGAAAGCGACGCAUCAAUUGAAGCCAAGGGCGUUUCGUUGCGUGUUCACGAAAGUAACCUGUGCGCCAAAAACUACACCGCUCUCCAGGGGCGCAUCGUACAGACGGAAAUGCUCAAAGAUCAGCGCUGUACAAUCACGGUGCAGGUACCACAGAACUACACGAUCGCACUCUACUUCAACACGUUCUACCUGUACAACGUUGACUGUGCAGUGCAUGCGCUCAAAUUUUACGGUGGUCCCGAGGAAAGAGCUGAUCAACUGCUGGGAGAGUAUUGCCAUUUCGCAACACCGAAUCCGAUCUUUACGACUGGCAACUACCUGCGUAUCGUACUGCCGGCAACGGAUCGAGACUUAGUAUCGCUACAGCUAGACGCUACGUACGUUGCCACCGACCAGGGUCAGGGUUGUGGUGGGGAACUCUACAACUACGGUGGUGUGUUUAGUAGCCCACUCUAUCCGGCCAACAAUCGAACACGGAUGGAGUGUCUGUGGACGAUAACGGUACCGAACAAUCUCGUGGUAGCGCUCCGUUUCGAUGUGUUCGAUCUCGGAAGCAAAUCAUCCUGUGCGACCGAUUAUCUGCAGAUUCUCGAUCGUAAUGACGAAUCGACGAAUGUAGAGAACGUAACUGUAGACAAGGCAAAGAUCGUACGACAACAUUGUGGCGGAGAUAAGCCGGCAAACUAUAUUAGCAGCGGCAGUACGGUACAGAUAUGGUACAAGAAGACGCAAAACUUUGCCGGCGUCGGUUGGAUGAUCAAAUUUAUGGGCAUCGAAAAGGGUGCGGGCGUUAAUGAAUACUAAAUGGGA